GGGGAUCUUAAUUAAUUAAUUAUUGGUAUCAAGACAUCAAGAUGGACGUAAACUUGAACACGUCACGGCAGCGAGAAAACUGGUGCGUAUACCAAUAAACUGGUAUUAGAACUGGACAAAAUUGGUACACGGGAGGUGGAGCUUAUAUUUUUUUCCGCUAAGCUCGCAUCUAUUGGCUGGCUGCUGAUGCAAGGUCACGAGUCUGGGCGGAGCGUUGAGUGAGUUAUACUGUGCAUGCGCAGCUGAGUGAACAAAGAGAGCCAGCAGGCACGCCGUAACAGCAGCUGGCCAGCUGAUCGAGUACAAUGACCUUUCUCCGCGCACGGCACACGGCGCGGUAAUGAAUUACCGGUGCAACCUAUAUGGGGGGAAUCUUAAAUACCAAAUUCAAGACCUCAAAUUAUGGGUGUGACCUAUCUGCGAUGGCGACUUACAUGCGAGUAAAUACGGUACUCAUAUUGACGAACUUACGUUAAAACACGCAUAAUUUGAUUAAGCUCUCAUAAUUUGCGGCACAGUAUUAAGUAUUACCUAAGCAGUUUCACUGCAAGACGAAUAUUAAUUUGGAAUUGUAUUUUUCAAGAAGUCUGCUUUUGUGCCAGGACCAGGGGAAUCUGGAAAGACAACUAUACUCAAACAGAUGAAGAUCUUGCAUAUCAAAGGUUUCUCGGACAGUGAGCGACUUGCCAUCGUCUCUCAGAUACGACAAAAUGUGCACGAGUCCAUCUACGAUAUAGUGAGGAACAUGACGCAACUAGACCCACCCAUCGAUCUGGACGACGACCAGAGUGGAAACAGUGCUGUGUACAUACUAGACCUGGGAAAACAGGGUCCACAAAAAUUUGAUACCCAAUACUUCGACCACGUGCAGAUCCUUUGGGGAGACAGCGGAGUGCAGGAGUGCUACAGGCGGUCCAGCGAGUUCCAGCUGAUCAGCAGUGCCAAGUAUUUCCUGGACCGGAUCGACAAAGUGAGGUUACCGGGGUACAAUCCUUCCGACCAGGACAUCCUGCACAGCAGGAAGAGAACUACCGGCAUCCAGAAGAUAGAGUUCACCGUGAAAGUCCCCGCGUCGUACGGCGGGGGUUCACAGACUUUCUGGAUGUUCGACGUGGGAGGUCAGAGGGGUGAACGGCACAAGUGGAUCCAGGUGUUCGAAGGCAUCCAAGCCAUCCUGUUCCUGACCGCGGCCAGCGACUACGACCUGGUGCUGAGGGAGGACAGGACCGUGAACAGGCUACGGGAAACUGUUGAGCUGUUUGACAACGUCUGGAACAGCAGGUUCCUACAAGAAGCCGGGUACAUCAUGUUCCUAAACAAACAGGAUGUGCUCAAGGAGAAAACAGAGUCGGGGAAACGCAUUGGCGACUAUUUCCCGGAGUACCACAACUACAAAUUCAUCAAGAAGGCAGGCAUUCCUUUCGACGAAUACACAAAGACGAAAUGCUUCAUCCGAGAUCUUUUCGUGGAGGUGACGAGGAAGCGCCGUAACACCCAGCUGGACAAUCAGCUCCGAAACAGCGGCCUCGUGGUGCCGGCCAGGACGAAGCCUCGCGAGUGCUACUACCACUUCACGACCGCCACAGACACCGACAACAUCAGGAAAGUGUUUGACGAUGUGCACAGCAUGAUAAUUGAAAUGAACUUGCAAGCUAUCGGCAUACAGUGACCACAAGCAUGCGAUUUGCCGAACAUUUUCAGCAAACCCACAAAUUUAAGUGGUAUGGAGCAAAAUAACUCUAGAAGUGUUAAAUUUAAUAGUUAAACAUAAAAUAGCAAUACUCUAACUACACCUUAGUGAUAUUUCAAGUGUUAUAAAUGCUCAAAAUAUAAACUGUAACAUUGAAAUAUUCUGUUUUAAAAACGAAAUUGGACUGAAAAUAAAACAAAAUCUUGUCUCUAGUAAUAGGUUUUAGGGUGCAUGCAAAACCACAUUGUGAUAAGAAAGGGCAAACAUGACUACAGUGGAACCUGGAUAAUUCGAACUUCUUUAAUUCGAAAUCUUCUUUAAUUCGAAAUCUUCUUUAAUUCGAAUUUUCCUCUUGGUCCCUAGCAUUUUGUAUCUAAACAAUGCUAAAAAUCGUGGAUAAUUCGAAUUUUAUUUUGGAUAAUUCGAAUUUUUGGUGCGUCUAAUUUAGUGAAUAAAUUAUAAACUACGGCUCAAAAAAUUGUAAAUUUAUCGGGAAAUACGUUUUACAAACAAUACUCGGCAAAAGUUAAGCGUUUGACCAAAUGCGCGGUAGCUUGUAGUGUGAUGACUCACCCUUCCCCUCCCGCACACUUGUGCCGAGUGCCGACCGCCUGCGCGUAGCAACAACACGCAGCAGUAGUGUCUCCAAGGUCACCCCUCCCCACACUCACCCCUCUCCACUCCGUACUGUACAACUGUGCAUCGUUCUGUGUAUCGUUUGUUUUGUAACAUACAGUGUACUGUAGCUUAUUUAAAAUUGUCUUUUGAUGUGUGAUUACGUGUAGUUUUUACGUACAGUGACGUUUAGUGAGUGAACUGUGAGAGUAGCAACCAUGGCGUCGACCUCGUCUACAAAAUCCCGUGCUUAUAAAACUUUGACUCUAGCUUAAAAAGUAGCGGCGAUUAGGGAAGUGGACAAAGGCGUGAAAAAGAAAUUGGAAAUCGCGAAGGACUUUGGGAUUCCACCCAACACUCUAUUCACUUUCUUGAAGAAUAGAGAUAAAAUUCUCAGCAGUGCAGAGGAAUUUGAUAAAGACCGAAAACGACUACGAGAACCAGAUAACCCAGACGUCGACAAUUGUGUUCUUAAGUGGUUCAAGCAAGCCAGAGACAAAAAAAUUCCGUUGAGUGGUCCCCUAAUAAGGGUAAAGGCCGAGCAAUUCGCUAAAGAAUUGGGCAAACAAAAUUUCAAAGCUAGCACUGGAUGGCUGGAUGGUUUCAAAGAACGUAAUAAAAUUACGUUCAAAGCAGUCUGUGGCGAAAGUGGGGCAGUGAACCAGCAAGAAGCCGGCCAGUGGAAGCGAGAUUUAGAAGAGAUGAUCCAAGAUAGAGACCCAAACAAUAUUUUCAAUGUUGAUGAGACUGGCCUUUUUUUUAAAUGCACACCGGACAAAACAUUGGCAUUUAAAAGCGAAAAAUGUCAUGGUGGAAAACUAAGCAAAGAAAGAGUGACGCUUUUAGUCGGAGCAAACAUGGACGGCUCAGAAAAGCUGCCCUUGUUGAUGAUUGGAAAAUCGGCUAAUCCCCGUUGUUUUAAGAAUGUCAAGUCGAAACCGGUGUAUUACGUUAACAGCUCAAACGCUUGGAUGACAGGCGACCUGUUUUCAAAGUGGCUAAUAAAGUUGGACAAGAAGUUUAUUAAAGAAAAGCGUCAGGUGGUCCUCUUCAUCGACAACUGUACUGCGCAUAACACCAUACCAGUGUUGAAAUGUGUUAAAGUGGUUUUUUUCCCAGCCAAUAUGACAUCUGUUGUCCAGCCAACGGACCAAGGGAUAAUAAAAAAUUUGAAACAUUUCUACAGAACCUUGCUGGUAGAAAAAAUACUGUCCGGAGAUGGAAACGCCCUGAAAAUAAAGCUCGAUAUUCUGCAAGCUUCCAGAAUGUGUAAGCAAGCGUGGGACAGAGUGAAGCCAGAAACAAUCAAAAACUGUUUUAAAAAGGCAGGUUUUGUUAAAACCGAGGACGAAACUGUGGAAGCCACUGAAGCGGAAGCCAUUCCAGCAGCAGUCGACGGCUGGGAGAAUGUGGGAGCCGACCCGACCAUCUCGUACGAAGACUUUCUCAAUGUCGAUGAAGAUGUUGCGGUGUGCGGUGACGUCACUGACACCGAAAUCAUCGCAGAGGUGCUCGGCAGUGAGAAGCAAGACGAUGACGGGGAAGGUUCGGAAGAAGAGAUCGCUGGAGUAGAAGAAGAACCGGUGCCGAGUGCAGCUGACGCCAUGAAUCACAUAAAAGAACUUAGACGUUUUUUUGAGAGCCGAAUUAAUGUAAGUGAUUCAUACUUCAUCUCUUUGAAUAAGUUAGAAUCUUUUGUAAUGGCCGAGAGCCUUAAUUCGAGAAAACAGGCCAAAAUAUCAUCUUUUUUUCAAAAACAAUAGGUUGCUUUUAUGUUUCAGUUCAAUAGUUUUAAGGUAAUUUUAAUAUGUAUGUAUCGUUUAGGCAUUAAUCGAUGUAUUUAUUCAAAAAAUGUCAACCAAUAAAGAGUUUUAAUAGAAAAUAUGACUUUUAUUGUUUUGGCCCUAUUUAUACUACGAACUUCCUUAAUUCGAAUUUUUGGAUAAUUCGAAGUUUUUGACUGGUGCCUUGAGGUUCGAAUUAUCCAAGUUCUACUGUAUUAUUUGAAGACUGCGAGGUAGUCGGGACGGAAAGAUUUUGUCAGACGAAGAUGUAAAACAAGGCAGGCGAAUAGGAAAUAUUAAUUCUAUAAAAUUUAACAUAAAGUAGAACUUGGACUUCACAUUUGCCUCAUUUAAACUUUCCCCUUAACAAUUUGCGUUUACUAUGCAUUCCAUAUGGAUAUGGCUUCCCUCGAUUUACUUUUCUAGUGCCUGCUUUUAAAAUAUGUAAUUAUAUUUUGCGCUGGUCACUUAACACUUUGCCAGUGAUGAAAGGGAGAUUUUUUUUGUUGCAAAAUCGCAAAGUAGGUAAGUUAUUGCAUGUCCAUUGUGAUGUUUUGAAAAAAGUGUUUGCAUUUUUAUAUGUACUUCUGUAUGCUGAAAUGAAUGAUUGACUUAAUAUCAAAUGUUUAUAAUGUACCGUUGUCAAAUACACAUAACAGCCAUGUUUUAUUGUGAGUACACAUGUUUCUGAUUGACAGACAUUUGCAGUUUUACUACGUAAUGAAACACAUAGUUUAAAUAUCGUUAGAUCCACUUCCAUUUGUUAAAUUUAUUAUUUAGGAUCUAAAACUAAUAUUGUAUAUAUGUAUUUGUUUUAAAGGGUACAGAUUUUAUAAGAAGAUAGAGCCAAAGUUGAUAAAUGGCAUGUAUAGUGUAUGUGAGAUUGUAUUAAAGUAAUCCACAAGGAA